CGAUCUCAACGUCAAACCAUGAAGGAUGCGCCUUCUCGAUGUCAAAACGUUGGACUUUGAGGAAUUCAUCGGCGAAGGCGGCGAUGGUAUACCUCCCUACGCAAUACUCUCCCACACCUAGGGCGCCGAAGAGGUCUCCUACAGCGACUACAUCAACCAGCAGAGCCAUUCCAAGCAAGGCUACGAAAAGAUUCUCCGCUGCUGCCAAGUCGCCCAAUCUGAGGCGUUCGAAUAUGUCUGGAUCGAUACAUGCUGCAUCGACAAGUCGUCGAGCGCUGAGCUGUCUGAGGCUAUCAAUUCUAUGUUCCAGUGGUACCAAGCUGCGGGGAUUUGCUACGCGUAUCUGAGUGAUGUCGAAAGCUGUGAGGAUCCCACGAAGGAGCAAUCCUCGUUUGCUCGGAGCCGUUGGUUUACGCGUGGCUGGACACUCCAGGAAUUACUAGCGCCAGGGGAGCUCGUGUUCUUGGGGUCGGACUGGGCCGAGAUUGGAACCAAAAGGUCGCUAUGCGCUACUGUGUCGAGCGUUACUUGCAUCAGCCAGAAGGCUUUGGAAGAGUGUUGUUGGAGUGAGUAUAGCGUGGCCCAGAAGAUGUCAUGGGCGGCGGGUCGCAAAACCACGCGGCUUGAAGACGAAGCAUAUUGCUUGAUGGGUUUGUUCGACGUCAACAUGCCAUUGCUGUACGGGGAGGGUCGCAAAGCCUUCCUGCGCUUGCAGCAAGAGAUCUUGAGACAGUUCGACGAUGCGUCGAUCUUCGCGUGGUCGUAUCCCGUGAAGAUGCACUCUUAUACGAGGAUAUCUGGACUCUUCGCUCAUUCUCCUGAGUACUUCAAAGAUGCAUCCAAGAUAGAGCUUUUAGGACCAGAACAUGGGAUGGAGGCCGAGAGCCCGUUUCAGGUGGUGAAUCGACAUAUCAGACUACGACAGCGCAUGGUGCAUCAAGUUGAAGCGAUUAGGCUCGAGCGAUUGCCGGGAACGCCACUCCUCUACAACGUCAUCGAGAUCAAACGAGGCAUAGAAACGAGCGAGGACAAUCUAUCUGUGUCAGAGAGGACGUCCCCAACAGAUCAGAAGCCAGAAGCGGCAGUGAACACGAAAGCAAGCUGGCAAGCAGACCUCUCGCAUUUUCGUGACGAUGGAAGACCAGUACCGCCGCCCAUAAUCACAAUUGAAACCGAGGACACUCCCGCGGACCCAAGCUUGGAUAAUCCGGGACGUCUUGACGAAAAUCCGAGUAAGAUCGCGGAGAACAGAAGGCUGGGUGAUGAUCUCGGCCUCAUGCAGGGGGGAGCCUCGGAAGAUGCUCCUCCCACACCGAGUCUCGGGUCGGAGGGACUCGUGGCCCUAGAGAAGCAGUGGUAUAACUAUAUUUACGAACCAGCAAUCAUAGUUCAACUGCGAUGCCAUAUUGGUCAUCAUCGUCUCGGAAUCAUAUUAUCAAAGAGCUUCAUCAGCAAAGACGGAAGCAUCCUCUGGCGGCUUCACAAUCCUUCCAUUGUAGCAAUGCCACCCGGCCCCGAAACCUCUCUCCCAUCGUUGACGACUGUGUACGCGAAUCUAGUUACCAAAAUCACCGACACACCAUUCGUCGGGGCCGACCCAUCUCUCUGGUCAGAGAUCAGAAUAGGAUCUUUAUCCGCAGCUGGCUAUGAUGUUCACCAAGACUGUGGUCCAGGCUGGGAGUUUGACCGCCCUCGUUCAGUCCUGAUCCGGAGAGAAUCUCCGAACGCAGAUGGAAGCAAUCUGACCAAGUGCGUACUAUUCGCACUCUUUUACCGAACCUCAGAUGAGGAAACAGCCUCACCCGCGCGAGCCUUCUUCCUAAGCCUCGCAGAGUCCAAACCGAACAGUGAGGAAACAGGCAAUUUAGACUUUGUAGUAGGAGUGAUUAUGAGCGCCCCGCUCCGCACAUCGGCAUUCAAGGCGUCGGACUACGAGCUCUACUCUUUCGACCUUGGGAAGGAACGGUGGGUAGAAGUGCCGUUGGGGAACGGGCAAGCACUCGUGUUGAAGUAUCGUGAGGGAACAGGAAUCAGAUUUGUGAAUGUGGCGACUAAGACACUGAGCCAGGAUAAGGCGGCUGGGCCAGUGCCGCAUGAUAUAACACAUACACUUUGGCUACGCUCAAAGAUCUUCCCAAUGUUGAAGUCGUUAAAGUGAGGAGGAUUGUCAUUGCUGUUGGUGGUUGACUUGCCCUAUAGUUGCAGAGCCAACUUUGGAUUAUUAGUACAUAUCGCAUAAUUGUCGCCAUUCCUCGGUGCGGGCCAUGUUUUCUUGUCAGCAUAGCUGCAGCCCUUCCUUUGGUUCAUACUAUGAUACUAC